AUGGCUGGCGGUAUUCCUGUUGCGGCGCCUCAAUUGGCCGGCGGCUACCUCAAGGGUCGCGCCCUCAUCUUCCCCCUCGCCCUCGUCAUCUCUCUUUUCUUCCUCUGGGGUUUCUCCUAUGGUCUUCUCGAUGUCCUCAACAAGCAUUUCCAAACAGUUCUCGGCAUCAGCCGUCUUGAGUCUACUGGCCUCCAGGUCAUGUACUUUGGUGGUGGUUAUUUGCUAUUCUCUCCCAUCGCAGCUGAGGUUCUCAAGCGACGAGGCUACAAGCAAACCAUUCUGAUGGGUCUCUCUCUCUACUCCCUCGGCGCCAUCCUGUUCUGGCCCGUUGCCAAGUCAGCCGACUCCAAUGCCAACGGACGAGCAGUAUUCGGCGGCUUUUGUGCGUUCGUUAUUGGUAACCCAGCCAGUGCCAACGCUCGUCUGCAGUUCUGCCAGUCUUGGAACGGUGUUGCCUCCUUCAUUGGUCCCUUGAUCGCCUCCAAGUUCUUCUUCACUGGCGAGAACCAGAACAGCCUUACCAAUGUGCAGUUUGUCUACCUCGCUGUCGCCUGUGCUGGUGCCGCUGUUGGUGUUCUCUUCUUCUUUGCCAAGCUUCCUGAGAUCUCCGAGGCUGUUAUCGAGGAUGAGGCUGGACACAGCAACGAGGGUUCCAUCUGGAAGCAGUACAACAUGUGGUUUGCCUUUGGCGCUCAGUUCUGCUACGUUGGUGCCCAGGUCACCAUUGCCACCUUCUUCAUCAAUUACGCUCACGAGAACGGUGGUGUUUCUACUGCCUCUGCUAGCAACAUGCUUAGCUACGCUCUCAUCACCUUCACCGUGGGUCGCUUCUUUGCCACCGGUCUGGCUGUCUUCCUCCGAGCCGAGUUCAUCAUGGUCGUCUACUCUUGCUGUGCCAUCGCCCUUACUGCCUACUGCAGUGCUGGUUCCGGUGCUGCCUCCAUCGGUGUUCUGAUUACCAUCUUCUUCUUUGAGGCUCCCAUGUACCCUACCAUCUUCGCCCUCGGUACCGCCAACCUUGGCCGACACACUCGACGUGCUGCUGGUAUUCUCGUCAUGGGUGUAUCAGGCGGUGCCGUGUUCCCUCCUAUCCAGGGAGCCAUUGCUGAUGCCAAGGGCACUCGUAUCAGCUAUGUUGUCCCUACUAUUGGCUUCGUUUACGUCCUCGGCUACGUCGCUGUGUGCUGGGUCCGUGGCGGCAUGAAGGUCCUCGUUGAUAAGACUCCCGAGUCUCAGGUCGAUGAGAUUACUGGUAACGAGAAGAACGAUGUCAUUAUUGAGCAGCACGAGAAGAAGGCCAGCGACAUGGCUUAG